GAUUAUGAUUAAAUAGUCACUGUACAAGUCUCGUUGCAAAUCUUCUGUCUUUGCAAGCCAAGCAAAACAAUUGCCCCGUUCCACUUAGUGGUCUUGCUCAUCGCAAUGAGUCUUCUUACUACGCCUACUCUUGUCUAUUUAUACAACAACAUACUGGAACCGAGAGCCCACGAGCAUCACUCCAAGACAUUUUGGACACACCUUAUACGAACGAAGUUUUUCCCGGAAGAUGACUUUGUCAUUGCAACAGAGAGCCCUCCGACUCCACUUGCCGAAGAUGCUCUCAGACGAGUCGAUUUCCAUAUCUCUGUCUUCAAUCAGUUUCAAAAGCUACAAAUUAUCGCCAUCUGCGAGAUCAAAAAAGCCAGAGGUUCCGUCGACGAGGUUGAAAGCCAGCUCCAACAAGCUUGUGAGGCGUGCGCCAGAUUCACCAAAGACGACGUUUGGGGGAUUGCGAUUGUAGGGACUAAAGCCCAAAUCCUCCAGUACACCGCGAAGAACAGAUACUUUCCGCUCACGCAGGGUUAUAUUGACGCCAACUCGCCGCAAGCUGGUGCGUUGAGUGAUGUGUUCUCGGCAAUAAAGGCGGCAAUCAGCAAGCCAAUCGCGAGCUCAUCAGCCACUCCUGAUGGCUGGUAUGAUGUGAAUGACGGAAGUGGUAGGAAAAGAUACUAUCAGAAUGGUACUUGGACGGAUCAUUAUUCUUGAGGCGCCUGUGCCAUUCGAUUUCAAGAUUGUACUUAUUGAUGGCCUGAUACGUACCAAGAUUGACCGCAUUUAUGUCAUCAAAAGUAGCAUGUGCAACAUUCACAUCUCAUGUCGCACGUGACUUUAUGAAACGUUAUAUUGCGUCGCUACGGACAGCCGUGUCAAAAGGAAGAACACUAACGACAGAAACAUCUUUGCUGUGCCACCAAACUAUGAUGCCCUGCGUCAA